GCCGAGGCCCGCGCUCCCGCCCGAGGACGCGGAGAGCUGGCCGGCCACGCUGCGGCCGCACAUGGACGCGGAGCAGGAGCGCCAGCUCGUGGACCGCCUGGCCGUCAGGAAGCCCCCGAGGGCCGUGGUCGCCGCCGCCGCCGAGGAGGCCGAGAGGUCAGCCCCGGCUCCGAGGUUCCGCAGCGCGGCCGAGCAGAAGGCCAGCCUGCAGCGCCUGCAGCGGCGUGGCGCCGCCACGCCAGAGGCGGCGGCGGCCGGGGGCACGCUGGAGGCGACGCUGCUGAAGGCCGCGACCGCCCCCGCGGCCGUGCAGGGCGCGCGGGCCGCCCCGGCGGCCGCGGCCGUGCAGGGCGGCGGCGGCAGCGCGCCCGGCUCGGGCCAG